AUGGAUAAAAAGGAUGACCCGAAGGACCACAAAUUCGGGGAGGUGAAGAAGGAGAAGCCGUUAAACAGUAAGAUCAGGUACUCGAGGUACACCACAGCCAUCAAAGCUGAAGUGUUGAAGGGUUUGAUUGCUGGAGGGGUCAAAGCUGAAAAGUUGAAGACUUUUAUAAAUUGGAGUAUAAAAAACGAGAAGCUAAAGAGUUUAGUGAUUUCUAGGACACGACUGGCGCGGCUGAAAUUGUGGGCGGCGCGAGCCACAACCGUGCUGCUACUGUGGGCUAUAGCAAUGCAGCUCAAGGCAGGAGAGAACUUGCUGCCAUGGAUAUCUAAAAGCUCUUUUCCACCACAAAGGGUUUAUGAGAACAAUGGAUAUUUGAUGGUUUCAUCCAAUGGAGGACUAAAUCAGAUGCGAUCUGGUAUAUGUGACAUGGUAGCUAUUGCAAGAUAUAUGAACGUCACGCUUAUAGUUCCUGAAUUGGAUAAUACCUCCUUCUGGAACGACCACAGUCAAUUAGAAGACAUAUUUGAUGUGGAUUAUUUCAUUGCAUCAUUGAGAGACGAGGUUCGGAUAUUGAAAGAAUUGCCUCCUGAGCAGAAGAAAAAAGUGGAAUUAGAAUCCCUUUAUUCCAUGCCCCCCAUUAGUUGGUCUAACAUGACAAACUACUAUAACACGAUUCUUCCUCGGAUAAAGAAGUAUGGAGUUCUGCAUUUUACUAAAACUGAUGCCAGGCUUGCAAAUAAUGGGAUCCCAAAAGAGGUUCAAGAACUGCGGUGCAAAGCGAAUUACAAGGCUCUGAGAUUCACUCCUCCCAUUGAGGAAUUGGGGAAGAAGAUUGUUAGGAUUCUGAGGGAAAAGGGUCCAUUCUUAGUUCUUCAUCUGAGAUAUGAAAUGGACAUGUUGGCAUUUUCUGGUUGCACUGAGGGUUGCAAUGACAAAGAAAUUGAAGAAUUGACAAAUAUGAGGUUUGCUUAUCCAUGGUGGAAAGAGAAAAUAAUAGAUUCUGAAAAGAAAAGAAAAGCUGGGUCAUGCCCUUUAACUCCUGAGGAAACUGCCCUUGCGUUGAGGGCAUUGGAUAUUGAUCCCGGCAUCCAAGUUUACAUCGCCGCAGGCGAUAUAUAUGGAGGAGAAAGGAGAAUGGCAUCUCUGAGAUUAGCCUUUCCCCAUAUGGUUAAAAAGGAAUCAUUGCUUAGAGCCUCAGACCUUGAGCCCUUCCGCAAACAUUCGAACCAAAUGGCGGCAUUAGAUUACAUUGUGUCACUGGAAAGUGACAUCUUUGUUCCUACUUAUGGAGGAAACAUGGCAAGAGUUGUUGAAGGCCAUAGAAGGUACUUGGGAUUCAGGACAACAAUUCGUGUAGACAGAAUGCUUCUGGUGGAUUUGAUAGACCAGUACAAGAACGGAACUCUGAGCUGGGAUGAAUUUUCCCAGGCAGUGAAAACAGGACAUGCCGAUUGCAUGGGCAUCCCAACUCAAAGAUUGGAGAUUCCUGGCAAGCCCAAGGAGGAAGAAAAUUUCUAUAACAACCCAGAGGAAUGUUUGCCACCAAUUCCCAAAAAACCAAAAAGUCCGUAA